CAUGUCUGUUUCAGCAGCCCAGGACCCAGAGACGAUCUGACCAGGGUAGCCGGAGGUAAACAAACGCAGAGGACAACGACAAUCUCGCUCUCAAAGUGGCGAAAAACAGAAAUUUCUGUCAAGAUGAUGGGAAUUGCGACUCUUCUCGAGGCAGCCGAAUUCCUCGAACGUAGAGAGCGGGAAGCGGAGCACGGAUACGCCUCAACCCUGCCAUACCCACACGAGAUCCCCCCUAGGAAGCGGACCAAGUCUUCCAGCAGCUCGCGCCGAUCUCAGGCGUCAAGCCGGACCACUCACAACGAGCUGGAGAAAAACAGACGUGCCCACCUGCGGAAUUGCCUGGAGCGUUUGAAAGCGAUCAUCCCCCUCAGUCCAGAGACACCACGCCACACCACACUAGGACUGCUCAACAAGGCCAAAAAUGAGAUUAGGAGGUUGGAAGAUGAGAACAGGAGAAACUCGAGCUCACGGGAGCAGUUGUUCAGGCAGCAGCGGCAGCUCAAGCGCAAACUGGAGAUGCUGCACCGCAAGAUCAGGCAUGACAGCACGGGCUCCAUGUCCGACAACAGAUCUGACUCCUCGGGUAAGGCUGCCACCCCCUCUCCUUGUGUGAAGUGGUACCACCCAAUACUGACCUCUCCGCUGGUUUCUCGGCUUGUAGCACAAACCACAACAAGAUUAAGGAUGGCCUCAGGCAGACAUUGUGUCCUUUUAGAAGGAGUAUUUUGUUGACCUGUACUCCUUAGUAAACUGUUGAUCCCAGAAACUGGAAAUACCAAUCUUUAACAGGUUGUCAUGCAAGUAAUUACCCCCUAGACUGAUAAAGGAAAUUGUCUGCCAUAGGAAGUCCAGUCUGACUGCCCCACCUAAUGUUUUGAAAACACGGUGUUUGUAUGCAAUGAUUUGAUGUGUUUUCCUUCCCCACUUCUCCUUUGAUACGCCUGGCUUUGAAGGCUCCGUUCGCCAGUGGCUGGACUGUGGCAAGUCUUCCUUCCAUAGUCUAGCCCACAAAAUAUAGCCCCCAUUACUCAUACUGCUACCUGUGAUGAUACCUUGCUUUCCUUUUUAGGCAGACUUUAUGUUACAGCUCAGUCAGGUUUCCUAGGAACUGGCAGGGUGGGCAUGGGACUGCUUCAGUGAAACUGAAUGGGUCAGUACACGUGACCUGCUGCAUGUUGUGGAAACAAGGAGACAGGGGGAAUCUCUGUGCCAGUAAACAGGAAGGAAACAUUUGCCAGCACAUUCCUGCCUGCCUUAUACAGAUGGGUAGAGGUGCAACAAAUAACGCUGGACACCCAGAAGAACUGAACUAGAGCCAGUCUGUCCUCAGUACAACAGGUGUUAGGUUUCUCUGGCUAAGCUGGUGGUUCUUGACUGAGUGGUUGUCCUGUCAGCAAACGUAUACAGUUCUAAGGAUGAAGAAGAAACUCUUCUAAAAUAUAUAGACCUUGAUGUUUCACUGAGAAAGCUU